UUUCUUUACACUGAAAUGAUUAUAUGUCUUCAUAUCGAUUCAUUAUGGGAGCUUGAUGCAUUUUGUGCAGGUGUUGUCAAAUCAAAGCGGUCAAUAUGGCGGCUUAAGACAAUCACAGAUUUUUUCUGGGCCAUUAUUAAUAUUAUUGGCGUGUUUUUUACAACAAUGUUCUCGAUGGAAAAAUCAGAUAACUAUAGAAAAGGUGCUGUUGGUAAAAAAUGGGAUGGUGGUUCUCCUGGAGGAGGUCCUGGUGGUGGUGGCGGUGGCGGUGGCGGACCAUAUGGUGGUGGUCCACGAGGCCCUCCUCGUGGGGGUCUUGACAACGUCCGUGGUCUAGAUAGUAUAAGGGGACGUGAUCAUAAUUCACUUCCUGCCUGUGGCUCCUGCUGUGGUUAACUGUUAGAGAUCCAUUUUGUGAAUAUAUGCCAUGCAUUUUACGGUUCGUAUCAGAUGUUGAACUGGUGUGCCAUGUAAGCAUUGAUAAGAGUUUCAAGCUUUAUAUGUGGGCAUAGGCCGAAAUAACAAUAUUGUACUUUAUUGUUGAAUGUUAAUAUUUUCAUAUGACCAAUGACUAGUAACAUAUGUACCACUGCAUAACUUUUCUUCA